AGUGAAACGAAUUUGUAAACAUUAAACCCAUAAGGAGGCAGAAGAUCCCUCUGUUUAUCAAGAGUGACCUAUGGCGCGUCACUAUUUUGACUGAUUCCAAAUUCAGGACGUUUAUUAUGGCUUCAUUCCUUAUAGGAAUUUGUUUGCUCUUCAUGCAGCCACAACUGGUGCCUUCCAGACCAACCACAAAUACAAAGAACUUUACCUUCUCCAAUCCAUCAAAUGAAGAACCGAGUAAGAAGGCAACUAUUGAAGGCACCGUACGCGAUGUUGUCCACCUGAAUGGAACCAGGCGGUACUUACCCCACACUAUCAUUAUUGGUGUUCGGAAGGGGGGGACAAGAGCCUUGCUGGAAAUGUUAAGUCUCCAUUCUGAUAUUGCUGCAGCCGAAAAUGAAAUUCAUUUCUUUGACUGGGAAAAACAAUACCAGCAAGGUCUGAAUUGGUAUCUGAGCCAAAUGCCAUUCUCCUACCCUCAUCAGCUCACUGUGGAGAAAACACCAGCCUAUUUCACAUCUCUGGAGGUUCCGGAGAGAAUCCAUAGAAUGAACAGUACUAUUAAACUCCUGCUCAUUUUAAGGGAUCCUAUUGAACGAGUCUUAUCUGACUACACCCAAGUCUUCUAUAACCAUAAACAGAAGAAUAAGUCCUAUCCACCAGUGGAGGAGCUUCUUCUCAAGAACAACGAGCUUAACACGGACUACAAAGCCAUAAACAGGAGUCUGUACGAGCAUUACAUGGAACACUGGCUAAAAUUUUUCCCUCUUGAGAAUAUGCAUAUUGUUGACGGGGACCGUCUGAUCAGGGAUCCCUUUCCUGAAAUGCAGAAGGUGGAGAAGUUCCUAAACCUCUCGCCACAGAUUAAUGCCUCGAACUUUUACUUUAACAAGACAAAGGGGUUCUACUGUUUGAGAGACGGUGGCAGAGAUCGGUGUUUGCACGAGUCCAAAGGCAGAGCCCACCCCCAAAUAAGCACUUUCCUACUGGGCAAAUUGCGGGACUAUUUUUAUGAGCCCAAUAAAAAGUUCUUUGAGAUUGUUGGAAGGACAUUUGACUGGCUCUAAGUUGAGCCCCCGACGACAGGAGUUUCAGGGACACUUGCAUAUUCAGAAAAGGAUGUUGAUCUCUAAUUUAUUUGUAUAUGGAAGCCUGAAAUGACUUAUGUACAGCACUAGAACAGUAUUCUGACCAGUUUAUAUAUUUUUGUAUACGUGUUAAAGGUGAAAACACUUUGUAUGGGGGUUUUCAUUGUUAAUAGAAAAUAUUCAUUUUUGGAAUAAGCUAAUAUAUUUCACUAAAUGCACUUA